UAGGAGGACCCCACAGCCUGCCUGGCCGUGACACCCUAAGGAUGGACCCUGUUGCUCGUGCCCCAGCCCCAGCCUCAGCUCCAGCCCUAGCACAAGGCCCCCUGGUGCUCCCUGGCCUGGGAAACCCAUCGCCCCUUCUCUCCUCUGGACAAGAAGUAGACAGAAGUGAACGAGGAGCUUGUCCUUGGAGACCCUGGCUGUCUGCUACCAAUGACUUCCCAAGGCAGGCUGCCGGUGGGGCAACAGGUGCCGAGGUCACCAAGGUUGACUCUGAGUUCCAUCACCCUGUCAGGCUCUUCUGGCCUAAAUCCCGUUCCUUUGACUACCUGUACAGUGAUGGGGAGAUUUUAUUGCAGAACUUCCCUGUCCAGGCAACCAUCAACCUCUAUGAGGACUCAGCCAGCGAGGAGGAGGAGGACGAGGAAGAGGAGGACGAGGAGAAGGAGGGGGCAGAUGAAAAAGGGCCAGAAGGGUGUGUGAAGGCACCAGGGCCAGCACCGCACGGGGCCUCAGCUCCUCGUCCCUCCCUGCUCCUGACCUGUCCCAACUGAGCCAGUCAGAGUCUAAUUGGGGUUCGGUAUGCCUGGCAAGGCUUCAGGGCAUCGAUUAGCCAGGAAUCUCCAGGCACAGCUCUCUGGAUUGAAAGUUGGGUCCUCAAGUCACCGGCUCACCCUGGCUACACCCAACAGGCCUGCGAGCCCAGGCCUCUGGCAUCUCAUUGGGCUGCUGUUGUGUUGCCAGUGAGAGGGUCCUAGGAAGUCUAGGGGAAGGAAGACUUGCUUUCUGAAGCCCCCAGGGAGCAGAUGAGGACAGAGCAUGGCCACGCAGAGGGGAACUGUCACUCUUCAGGGCUUUUUGACUCCCCAGCCUUCUACGUGGCCACAUACUCCUGUCUCCCCAUGGAAAGCCUGACUUCUGGCUUCACCUCCACGGAUACGAUACCAACACCAGAUCCAAGCACAGCUGGGGUGCCUUUCUGAUGGACCUUGCAGGAAGGGAAGGGGACAUCUAAAAAAUCAACUUGCUUUGGGGACCUUCCCCCUUUUGGCCGUUAUCUACUGGGGUCUAUGUGUUGGCAUGAGAUGAAUCAGGAGAAAAAUAAACUAGAUGAUGUUUA